AUGGCAGGCUCCGCCGUCGAGUCGCGCCCGACGAGCAGCGUUGGUGCGCCGCGCGAUGUGCGACCGCGAACCCAGAGCAUCUCUAGCGACAGACCUUCGAUCGCGAGCCACACAUUUCUUGCUCUUCCGCAGUCUAUAUCUCCAGAGGCCGCCUUCAUUGCUUCAUCUGCAGCUUCACAAAUCGUGACCAACAAUCACGACGGCCACGAAAGCACCUGGUACGACCAAAAUGGUGUCGAACCUUCUGGAGAGGCUGCUGUGAUAUCCCCUGCUGCCUUACAGCUCGUCAACAGUUUUCUCGAUCAAUUAUUACUAAACUUUUUGCAAGUCGCCAAAUCUACCUCUCUCUCGGCUCUGCGACCUGCUGUCUCCGACGUCCUCAAGCCAAAAUUAGCCAAAGAAACUAUAAGCAAUGCUGAUGAAGAACUGAGGGAGUACUUAGGGGGCUCUGAGGAAGAAGAGUUUACCGACCCCCAAAGCCCCCAUGCACGAGAUUGGGACGUUGAAUUAGCUUGGAAGAGGGCUAGAUUGCGAUGUAUGGUCUAUUCCUCUCUGGGAGACUUGGAAGAAGAGGACGAGGAUAAAUACAUGACGCAAGAAAAUCUCGAAAUUGGCGAACACGAGAGAACGUCCGACAUCAUCUCGCCCGCUGUGGCCAUCUUUCUUACCUCAGUCCUGGAAUACAUGGGCGAACUCACGCUUUCUGUGGCUGGACAGGCAGCGAGUCAAAGGCUGCGCUCCAAGAUUGAGAGGGAGCUCAAGGAUGGAGCGCGCAGCCCGGCCGCUGUUGCUGAAAGAAUCGUAGUGGAGGACAUUGAUAUGGAACGCGUCGCGCUUGAUCGAACUUUGGGCCGCUUGUGGCGAGGGUGGAAAAAGAGGAUGCGUGCACCGCCAGGCGAAUAUGUCUCCACUCGAUCUCUUUCAAUAAGCCACGCUGGUUCGCUGUACGAUCGUAAGAGUUCCAUUAGUGAGCGUGGUACUGACUCUGCCGAGGUGCAAGAUGACGCAAGAGAUGCUGUGGAGGAAGACGUUCACCCCAUGAAUAUUCCACUGCCCAUGGGCGAAAACGACAUUGCGGAGAUUGAGGUGCCAGGUUUGGCCCACUAUAGUGAUGAUGAGGAUGAAGCAGACGAGGAGGAAGAAAAGGAUUUCGACAAACGCCGCGUCAAAUCUUUCGCCGGGGCGUCCUCCUUACUCAAUGAAUCCCAAAUAUCAGCAGACUCAGAGCACUAUGCCACUUUACUCAGCCUUCACAGAAGAUCCACCUCACUACCAACCCCCAGAAGGUCAGUCUUUUAUGCAACUGCGCGACCGAGGUCGAAAACUGCCGAUGCCGCGGGGAAUGGCAUCCCUGAGCUACAAGAGCUUGCGAGGCUCUCAGUUACGGAGGUGGAGGCGAAAGCGGCACCUGCGAAAAGUCGUGACUCUGAUGAAAGCGGAUCGGAUGAAUUUGAUGAAGUGAUAUAUGAGAAAGCCGAGAUCCUGACCUCGUCCAGAGUGUCCGUCUCCAGCACUUCAUCUCGUUCCGUCUCAGAUACGGGUAAGGCCAUUCAUCUGAGCAGGUCUUCGAGUGUGCACUCUGCACGCAUCAUUGACGUUCCGCCCCGUAGUCCAGCCACUAGUCGACCACGUUCAAUGGAAUCGGCCGAGCGGCCACGCGCAAGCACUGUGUCUGGAGCAAGCCCGCUAUCACGUCCAGGCGGUGCGGAUGAGAUGCGCAAAGCCAAAGCCAUUGACACUGGCUCGAGAACAGGAGUGCCUCUAACGGCAGUAAGAUCUCCAGUCGAGAGGAUGAGGCCACCUAUCCCAAAUGCUGCGACCAUCUCUGAAUCUGAGGAAGACGCCGAUCAGGUGAAUCCAAUUGUCAAGCCUGUACCAGCUUCUCGAACUCGAGAUCAGCUUGGCCGUCUCCCACAUGGCUUGCAAACAAAUAUCAGAGCUGCUGAUAGAAUUUCGGCUUCUCCUCAAAGUGACCAGCCUCAUUCUGGCACCAGGAGUUCAUCUCUGAAAACCGCUCAAAGUGCCACAGAUACACAAUUUUCAGACGUUCCUUACAGGUCCGGGGGCCAUUCCAAUCGAACGAAGGGGCGGCCCACCGCUGAGCUUGAUGAGGAGGAAACAACUCCGUCCCUGCAUUCCAUUGCUCCUCCUCGGCAGAUCCACACAUCUGGUUCGUCCUCAUCUUCUGGCGCCAGUCGGUUCAAAGCGGUCAGAACUACUUCAGACGACGCAUCGAACCGUGCUGAAAACAUGGCGCGCAACUUUGAAGAGCUAAUUCAGAGCAAUCAAACCAUCACAUACACGUUGACGCCGGAGAAUAUGCGUGAUAUCGAUAUCAAAAAAUCUGCCGACAGCCCUGUUGUGACAAAGAUCACCCGUAAAAGCGAAGAUCUUAUGCGAUCCUCGCCGGUUGGCUCAAAUGCAUCACAAUCAAUUCCGCGGGCGCAGCCUGCCAGCCCCAAGGCUUCUUCUGAAAACACAACCAGACUUUCUGGGCCGGUUCCUCGCGCUCCGGCAGGAGCCUACGGCGCGUCUGGUCGUGCGGGUGGGCCCCAGGCUCGAGAUGCUCGUGCACCUGGCGAGUCUUUGGCAGACUUUGCUGAGUUCAUCAAGUCUACGGGCCCAGCUGGCGACAGAGGCCCGGCAGCUCUGCGUAAUGUGCACGUCCCUGUCAACCCACCCAAGACCAUUCCAGAGUCUCAGCCAGUUACCACCAUGAGCAGCCGUAGCACCAACAAUCGAAAUCGAUACCAGGCUCGAGAGCCUGCUGCCAGUAGUAGAAACGACAACUCAGACCUGAUCGAUUUUAUAAGGCAGGGCCCAGCCAGUGCUGCGGGUAGUCAAAAUCACAUCCCUCGACAUGUGGCUCCUUUCCGUAAUCCGGGCGAUUCAGAGAUGAUGUAUGGCGCUGCUGGAGGCAAGGCGAUUGAUCCGGUACUUCCCGAUCUGCGACAUAGCCAAGCAUCUACCAGCGUGACAGAUUACUCGAUGCCGUCGAUGCACUCCUCUGUCAACUCCAACUCCGCGCUUCUCAAGAACAAGAGCAUGCCCAAGGCAAACGCGCUCUUUGGGGAAGACGAUGAGGAUAUGGGCAUGCCGAUGCCUGUACGAAAAACUCGCCGAGUUCGUGAUCCGUACGCAAUUGACUUCAGUGAUGAGGAAGAGGAUGAUUUCGACGUGGCUCCCAGACCGCCCCCUAAGAAGGAAGAAAGUCUGGCAGAGUUUUUGCUCAACUGCGAGCCUCCACCGGAGCCUCCGUCUCCGCCUACGAAGCAGCAGCCAAGGAGGAAGUCGAGCACGCCCGGUCUUAUGGGACGGUUUGGUCGUAACAACUCUAAAGAGGUUAACACUCUUCAUGAAUCUCAAUCACGCCCUGGCACUAUGGGUCUCGGCAACGAAGCCCGCCCUUCGAAUACUCGCAAGCAUGUUCCAAUUCAGAUGCCUCCAGGAUACGACGCGUAUGGGCCUAUCGAUGCUCAUCCUCCGGUGAACAAAGCCCCAGUGGAGCGAGCCCCAAUGAACAGAGUCCCAAUGAAGAAAUUCGAGCCGCGAGAGCCUGCAUUCCUCGGACAGACAGGAGAUUUAGCCAGGUUUUUACGCGAUUCUGAGCCGCCGCCAGACUUCAAUCCCACCCCAGUUCCAGUCCAGCAGGACGAGCCCAGCGGAUUCGCGAAAUUCUUUGGACGACGAAGGAAGGCGUCCGUUGUCUAG